AUGGGAAAUCCACAUGUUCUGGUUAUACCUUAUCCAUCACAAGGACAUGUAAUUCCUAUGAUGAAACUUUCACAAUGUUUAGUGAAACAAGGGUGCAGGAUUACUUUUGUAAAUACAGAGUAUAAUCACAAGCAGCUCAUGAAAGCAUCGGCUAUGAAGGAUGGUACAGGGAAUGGAAUUCGUCUUGGUUCGGUUUCAGAUGGCCUAGAAUCCUCAGAGGAGAGAAAACAGCCAGAGAAAGUAAUGAAAGCAAUCAUGCAGGUUAUGCCACAGAAAGUGGAGGAGCUCAUUGAUCAAGUUAAUGAAUUGCGACGAAGAGAUCGCUUGUGUCCUAGCAGAUUACAAUGUUGGAUGGGCCCUGGGAAUUGCGACAAGAAGGGAACACCGACUAAAAAGCAGAUGAUUAAGUUAUCACCAAACAUGCCUGCCAUGAACACAGCAGACUUCAUGUGGACUUCAUUUACCAUGGCUCCAGAGAUACUACCGAUAGGCCCUAUUUUUGCCGGCAACCCACAGGAGAAUCAGCAGGAAAUUUCUGGGCAGAGGACUUUAUUGUUUGAAAUGGCUCGACCAGCAGCCACCUCAAUCAGGCAUAUAGUGCAUUUGGCAGUUCCACCUUUUUAG